UUCUUAAGUAGUGUCCAUUUAAAUAGUGUAAGAGCGAACUUAACUUUGCGCACGACGAUACCAAAGUCUCAAACACAUCAACCAUCCUAGGAGAAGAGUGCAGAGAAAUGGCUUCUCCUCCUACUACUUGUAUCCAUGUUGUUUUGUUUCCUUUCAUGUCCAAAGGCCACACAAUUCCUAUCUUUGACCUUGCCCGCCUUCUUCUCAAUCGCAACAUUUCUAUCACCAUCUUCACUACACCUGUAAAUCGUCCUUUCUUCUCCAAAUCCCUUUCGGACACCAACAUUAAUAUCAUCGAAAUCCCAUUUCCUGAAAACAUCGAAGGAAUUCCACCAGGUGUCGAAAGUACUGAUAAACUCCCAUCAAUGUCCCUUUUUCCACUCUUUGCCAACGCCACCACGUUAAUGCAACCCCAUUUCGAACUAGCCUUAGAGUCUCUUCUACCAGUUAGUUUUAUGAUCACUGAUGGCUUUCUUGGCUGGACUUUAGACUCUGCAAACAAAUUUGGGAUACCCAGACUCGUAUCUAACGGCAUGAGCUCAUUUUCAUCAGCUUUGUCGCGUUCAUUUAUGCCAAUUCUUCAGACACAAUUGUCGGAUGAUGAGCUGUUUGAAGUUCCUGAUUUCCCGUGGAUUAAACUGACUAGGAAUGACUUUGAUUUACACUUCAGAGACCCUGAGCCAAAGGGUCCCUUUUUCGAUUUUACCAUGAGGUUAGUCAUAUCGACUUCUAAAAGCUAUGGUCUACUUGUUAACAGCUUUUACGAGCUCGAAUCUGUUUAUGUAGACCACUGUAACCGCAUCUCUACUCCUAAAUUAUGGUGCGUUGGACCAUUUUGUGCGGUUUACGAGCCGCCAAAAGAACAACAGGAAAGGUUAGAGAAACCUUCCUACAUCAAAUGGCUUGACGAUAUGCUAGAACAGGGGAAAUCAGUUUUGUACGUGGCAUUCGGGACCCAAGCAGAGAUAUCUCCUGAACAAUACAAGGAAAUUACAAUGGGGUUGGAGAAAUCUGAAGUUAACUUUUUGUGGGUAGUCAGGAAAAGUAUAGAUGAUGUCAAUGAGGGGUUCGAAAACAGAGUGAAAACCAGGGGACUAGUGGUGACAGAGUGGGUUGAUCAAAGAGAAAUCUUGAACCACGGGAGCGUUCAAGUUUUUCUAAGCCACUGUGGUUGGAAUUCAGUGAUAGAGAGCAUAUGUGCAAAGGUGCCAAUAGUGGCAUGGCCAAUGAUGGCAGAGCAACACCUAAAUGCAAGAAUGGUGGUGGAGGAAAUCAAGAUUGGGCUAAGAGUUGAGACGUGUGAUGGAUCAGUGAGAGGGUUCGUCAAGUGUGAAGGUUUGGAAAAACCGAUAAGGGAGUUGAUGGAAGGAGAGAAAGGUAAAGAGGCAAGGAAGAAAGUGGAGGAGAUUGGAGAAGCGGCCAUUAAUGCAGUCAAAGAAGGUGGAUCAUCAUGGAAAAUGUUAAAUGAGCUUAUUCAUGAAUUAACUGCAACAAGACAGGUUUAACUUUUGAGAGUAGCAUUUUUCUUGUGGGAGUACUGAGUAGGAUAGCUUUUGUUUAGAAAUAUAUAUUUACGUAGGGGUGGGCAUAAACACCGAAAAUAGAAAAAUCGGACCGAACCGAAUUAAUUCGGUUUCAGUUUUUUUUUUAAUAACAAAUUCGAUGUUCGGUUUGGAA